AUGCAUGAUUAUGAAAACCAUUUUCUAAGGUCGCUGAUAGGUAUAAGAAAGAUUCUCGCGGUGACUCGGAACGCAAAGUCCUCGUCUGUGCUGAAUCUCGCGCAGACAUCUCCCAAUGUCACGCUCAUCGAAGGGAACCUUGAUGACCCGGCGGGGAUCUUCAAGGCCGUGAAGGCGCAAACCUCGACUCCCGUUUGGGGUGUAUUUAGUGUUCAGGAUAGACCGCCAAUCCUAAAAAAGGACGACGAGCGCCGACAAGGUAUCGCAUUAAUCGACGAGUCCAUCAAGCAAGGCGUCAAGUUCUUCGUCUACAGCUCCGUCGACCGCGGAGGCGAGAAGCGGUCCUUCCCCAAUCCCACCCCAGUCCCGCAUUUCAUCUACAAACACGAGAUUGAGCAGUAUCUGAUCAAGCGGUCGAAAGAUGCCGAUGCUAAGAUGGCCUGGACAGUCGCCUUCCUCGAGAACUUCACCCCGGACUACUUUGGCAAAGUGUUCACGACCGCGUGGCAGAUGUCGCUGAAGGGGAAGCCGCUGCAAAUGGUCGCGACGAGCGAUAUCGGGUUCUUUGCUGGCGAGGCGUUCGUGCGCCCGGAUGAGUUCGAGGGCAAGGCGCUGUCGUUGGCUGGGGAUGAGUUGACAUUUGAGCAGAUGGCGGCCGUGUUUGAGCGCUUGACGGGUAGGAAGGUGCCCACGACGUUUCAGCUGCCUGUGUGGGCGAUGAUGGCGGCUGUGAAGGAUUUGGGAGUUAUGUUUGAAUGGUUCCAUGAUGAGGGAUACGGGGCGGAUCUGGCGGAGAUGAGGAGGAUUAAUCCUGAUCUGAAGGACUUUGGAAAAUGGUUGGUCGAGGAAAGCCAGUUUGACACUUUGCAGGGAAGGUCUUGA